CUUUGAUUGUUUAUACAUGGCUGGCAGCUGGUCUGUCACUCUGUGCAGUUAUUGUUUAUUUUCCAAAUAGUUCAUGGAACAAAAAAGUGAAUUCACCCACAUCGUUGAUGUUCAUACACACUUGUCAGAUGAUUUAUUAAUAAAAGAUGUAGGUGAAAUUAUUCAACGAGCUGUGCAGCAAAAUGUUUAUUCAGCACUAGUGGUUGCAGAAAGCAAGCUAGAUUUCCAGCCAAUAUUGGACUUGCAUCAUAUAUACCCUGAGUUUGUGCUGCCAUGUCUUGGCAUACAUCCAAUACAGAAGUCAGGAAAAAAAGAUGAGAAAGGAAUAGAAAUCAAGAGAAGCGUCUGUCCAAGUGAUUAUGAUGGAGUGGAAGAGUGGAUAGAAAAACAUGUAGAUCUGGUUGGAGCUGUUGGAGAGAUUGGUCUAGACUUCACCCCAAGGUUUUGUCCACUGAAAGAAGACAAAGAAAAUCAGAUUCUGAUUUUUUCAAAGCAGGUCCAGUUGGCAGAAAGACUACAUUUACCAAUAAAUGUGCACUCCAGAUCUGCUAGCAAGCAAACCAUACAACUUCUCAAAGAAAUAGGUGCACACAAUGUUUUACUUCAUGCUUUUGAUGGAAGAGCCUCUACUGCCCUACAAGGUGUUGCUUAUGGUUUUUACUUCUCUAUACCAGCCUCUGUGUGUAGAGAUGAGCAACUUCAAAAAUUGUUGAAAGUUGUGCCAUUAGACCAUUUGAUGAUUGAGACAGACUCCCCUGCAAUAGCUCCAGUGAAAGGAACGGUGAAUGAACCAGCCAAUGCUGUCAUAUCCUGUGAAUAUAUUGCCCAACUCAAAAACGUUGACAUUCAAACAGUUAAACAUAUGACAACUGCAAAUGCUAUGAAACUGUUUCCAAAGCUUGCAACACUUCCUUGCCAAAUGAUGUCACAACUUUAGGCAACUUUCAAUAAACAUUAAUAGAAAUAGAAUUUGAUAACUUUACUACAUUACACAUUCUUGUACAAAGAAAUCGAGUACUUAAUAUAAUAUUGGAAGUAAAAAUCUAACAUUUCUAGUUGUUGUAAGAAAAUGCUAAGUGUGAUGUGAGACUUGGUCAACAUUUUUUUGUCUUGGUAUGUUUAUCCCAAGGCCAUUACUAUAAUGGAAACAUAUCCACACAUGACUCAUCAGUAAGGCAAGCAAAGCAAGUUUACUUUAGGUCAAAUAAUGAUUUUAUAAGUAUAAAGGAAACAAAAUAAGUGGAAACAAUUUCCUUGAUUGAAACAAUGUCUCUAUCAAGAUAAUUAUUAUAAGGAUGUUUCUGCACUGUUGUUACAUUGGUGGACUCAAGGGUCCUUAUCAGUGGCUUUGACUCAACUGGACUUAAUUUAUUCACUUAUCUUAAUAACUGCCAUUAAUUCUCUUGAAAUAAAACCAGUUAAGAAGUAUGUAUCCAAAUAGCCCAGCUUAAAAUAUGAAGUUUUUAGGCAGUAAAUGUUAUUUCAAAACAAUAUAUCAUAGUUCUUAGGCAGUAAAUGUUAUUUCAAAACAAUAUAUCAUAGUUCUUAGGCAGUAAAUGUUAAAUGUUUUUUCAAAACAACAUAUCAUAGUUCUUAGGCAGUAAAUGUUAUUUCAAAACAAUAUAUCAUAGUUCUUAGGCAGUAAAUGUUAUUUCAAAAAAAACAAUAUAUCAUAGUUCUUAGGCAGUAAAGGUUAUUUCAAAACAAUAUAUCAUAGUUCUUAGGCAGUAAAGGUUAUUUCAAAACAAUAUAUCAUAGUUCUUAGGCAGUAAAGGUUAUGAACGUUAUCAUUAUCAAGAUGUUUCUAAAAUCCUUAAAUAAAAUCUAAAAGAGAUCAUUGUAACAUAGGUGUUAAUGAAAGAAAAUAAAUGUGGCACAAUGGAAGUCAUUCUUAGUAAGAGAACAAUCCACAUUCAUCCAUACAUAACAACAAAUGAAAAGAAAAAAAAAGAAGCCAUACCAGGUAUGAAGAAUUUUAUAAUAUCCUGUGUAUUUUCACUAAAAAAAUAAAACUAUAACAAAUGCCAAUCCUAGAUAUGAAAGAACUUAAUAAGCCUUUAAUUGAAAGCUUUUAGUGUAAUGUAUUUUGAUUCAAAAUUCUUCACUGUUACUUGGUCAUGGGAAGGAAUGGUGGCUGAGUGGUCAAGCGCUUGGCUUCCGAACUUGGAGGUCCUGGGUUCCAAUCUUGGUGAAGACUGGGAUUUUGAAUUCCUGGAUUUUUUUUGAGCAUUCCUGAGUCCAUCCAACUCUAAUGGGUACCUCAUUUUAGUUUGGGAAGGUAAAGGCUGUUGGUUGUUGUGUUGGCCACAUAACAACCUGCUUGCUAACCGUUGGCCAAAGAAACAUAUGACUUUAACAUCAUCUGCAAGAAACAUAUGACUUAAACAUCAUCUGCCCUAAUUCGCAUGUACGAUAUUAUUAUGAUGUUACUGAUACUGUUAUGAAAUUAUGAUUAUAAUGAGGAGCUUUUUUUUUUUUUUGAAAUACUUACUAGUAAAACAAAAGGCAUACAGUA